CAUACACACACAAGUACACACACACAGGUACACACACACUCGCCUGUUCGACAUCCACUCAACUUCCUCGUGAAGUUCUGUACAGCUGAGCCGUGUGCGGGUUUACCCGGCUGCCAUCGUGAAGGGUGUGUAACCUUUGGUGCGCCGAUUAAGCCAAAGACGGGGGGCCCUCAUCCUGCUGCUCGCCUCGAGCCCGCCGUGCCCAGGUGAGGAGGGUGAUGCUCACAGGUGGCCAUUUCAGUCCGAGUCGCCAUAGGGGAGGCCCAGGACAGUUUCGGAUAAUCGUCACUGGCGUCAAUUGGCCAUGAGUUGAAAUCGUUCUCGGGUCACCAGGACCACCGGUCUCUCUCGCCGUGAUCGGGCGAGGAGCUGCUCAGUGAUCCGGGAGAGCCUCGGAGUCGAGCCGCCGCUGCCGCUCCUCCUGCGGAUCGAGAGGAGCCAGUGGAGGUGGUGUGGGCACCCAGUCUCCCGCGUGACGCGAGCAGCGAGCACCGGGGACCAGUUCCUCCACGUGCUCCACCAUGGCGCCCGUGCCCCUCGCAGUUGGAGGAGACCAGUUCGAGCCCUGGGUGGUGAUGGUGGUGGCGCUGCUGGGAGCGCUCGCAUCGCUGGGGAUGGUGCUGUUUACAUGCAUCGACUGCUUAAGGGACAAUGAUGGCAAUUCGGACCGGAUCAGCCUGAAGGCACCGCAGCUGAGGCCGGCAAAGAACGGCACGGUUCAUGAGAAUCGGCAGCAGCAGCAGCAGCAGCAGAAGCAUCGUCAGCAGCAGCAGCAGCAGCCGCAGCAGCAGCAGAAGCAUCGUCAGCAGCAGCAGCAGCAACCAGACAGAGAAGACGGAAGCUCCUCGCAGAGAGGGACCGCACCGGGGAGCAAGAAGCAGAGCAGUACGCUGGUUCGCCAGUCACCGCCGUCGGCGGCAUUGCCACUGCCGUCGGCGAACAGCGCCACUGGGCAGCCAAGCGUCGGUGCAGCUGAUGAGCAACUGUACGAGGAAGUUGCCGAAGAAUCGAUGUACGAUGCUGUCACGGAAGAGGGCGAUCCUGGGGAUGACGGAGUUGGUGGUGGCGUUGGCGGUGGCGUUGGUGGUGGCGUUGGCGGUGAUGUUGGUGGUGGCGUUGGCGGUGGCGUUGGCGGUGGUGGUGGUGGCGGUGGGCGUGGCGGCAGCAGCAAAAAAGGUGGCGGUGGAUAUGAAAGCGGCGUCGGCACUCCGAACGGGAAGAGCAAAGAAGCCACUGGUGGAACUGCCUCCGACUUCCUGCACCGGUUCACCGUGCGUGCGGGAUCCAGCUACUCACAGGAGGAGGGUAAAGCCGGAGGAGCUGGAGAAGAAUCCACGCGACCGCCGGGAGAACACGAAGACUCCUGCACACCGGGCGAGAUGUCAUCUCGGCGGGGAUCGCAUUUGGCCGUGGCGGAGACACCGAAACGCCACCACACGGAGGUGACGGACGAGGUGAACUACCGCACGGUGGAACAGGACCCGUUUCUGACCCCCGAAGAGAUCGAGGCGAUGUACACCAAGGUGCGCACGAUGAGCCAGCGGUCCAAAGACGAUGAUGGCGGCGGCGGCGGCGGCGGCGGUGGUGCAGCGUCCCCGCCGAUGCGAAGGCUCCAGGGCAACCGGGGCAAGGAUUACGCGGAGCCUGGCGAGUACCGUAUCAAGGGUGGCGCGGAUGGUGGCGACGGCGGCGGCAGUCACAGCCGCACCAAUGAGAGCCACGCCGAAGCACAUGCGGAUUUAACCACGAAAAUUUAAGAAGGGCCAUUUUAGUGUUCUUAUUUGUUUAAACGUUGGAGGGGGAGGGGGGGGGCGAUAGAAAACAAACACGUGUACGGUACAACGUCACGUAUCCGACUGACCGGCAUGUGUCUCUGCCCGGACCAAUUAGCUGCCCUCCACUGUAAUAUCUCCAUAGAUGUUGACUAACCCAACUUCCUUCAUACACACACCACACACGGUGGCCUCGCACCCAUUUUCUCUCCCCCAACACCCAGUUGGAGGAGUGUCACGGCGUUGUUUUUAUAGCCGUUUUGCGCUUCAGUUUUUUGUCCAGUGACCCUCGUGUGCGUGAAGGUCUGCUGUAGGACUUCGAUUCGCACCGAACGUAGCCAAACGUGCUAAUCGGAGGUGCGGGGGGACCCCCUUCACUGAUUUUCAGAGGGGGGGGGACUUUCGCCGGUAAGACAUCAUCGGUGUGUGUGUGUGUGAGGGCCGCCACACAUGAAACCCACUGGGUGUUUGACAGCAGCACGAUGACAAUGAUGAGGCAGAGGUCGCAAACGGGUUUUGAUUCCUUACCCGUACCCGGCCGCACCAGGGUCGCAAACGGGUAGCCGGGUAUCGGGUAGGGUACGGGUAUCGGGUACCCGGUUGCGACCUCUGUGAUGAGGGGUAUUGUCCAGGGGGGAGGGGCGGGCGCUAGUGGCCUUGCAAUGAAGAAUGCUGGUGUCCAGCGUAGGUCAUCGCGAGCCGUGAAACCAAAACCGGGGGGGGGGGGGGGGGGCGGCCCAGUAAACGUGCAGACCCUUGCAGCGAACAAUGACGUCACAGCGAACGGCGACGUCACGGCGAGCGAUGACGUCACGGCGAGCGAUGACGUCACGGCGAGCGAUGACGCCACAGCGAAACGGUGACGCCACAGAGGCAUUUGGAGCCAAGUUUUUAAACACCGGGUGCGGAUGGUGGCUGUUAACCGGUAAUACAAUCACUACCCCUGUGCAAACUGGCCGAAUUGUGUGAAAUCUACCGGCUGCACAACCGGUCAAAUGUUAAGCACCGUAGGCGUAUCAUAUUUUUAACAGCUUGUUGUAAUUGUUCUUGUUCUCAGCGUAACCUUGGCUGCCUUGACCAGGCUUCGAUGCCUUGGCUCGGCCUGGCUGUGUUGGCUAGGCAUGGCUGCCUUGACUCGGCCUAGCGGCCUUGGCUACGACUAGCUGCCUUUACUCGGCUUUGCUAUUUUGCCUCUCCCAUGAGUGUUCGGAUUCGGUUCCCCUAGAAGGUUCCUAGCCUCGUGGAGCGAAACGUCGGACAUCGUGCUGCAACAGUUUAUAUUUUUUUGUACGUGGCUCGCUGACCUCACUGGAUUGGCGGCGUUUUUUAUUGAAUGUGGAGCAUUACUCCCCUGCUCGUCGGAGAGUCCGCAUAAGGUGACGCACAGGAUCGUAAUGGAUUUUUUUUCCGAUUGAUUGUUAAUGUGAUUUUAAACGUUUAUUUACAAGCAUACUCUAAAUGGGUUGUUGGGGUUGUGUCACGAGAUGGGAGGAAAUACUCCUUGGGAAGUUCUUGUAGUUUAAGAUCGCCCGAUAUUUCGAUCCCUCCACUGGAUCCCAAUCCAAUCCAUCCACUGGAUCCCAAUCCAAUCCAUGAUCUAUUUGAAGAUUUGACUUACCGCCUUCAAGAUCCUUUGUGGACCUCACUCCUGUCUGCUCCUCCCCUCCCAUCUCGCUCUCCUCCCCUCCACGAACUCUCCUGCCUCUCCCCUCUCAUCUCACUCUACUCCCCUCCACGCACUCUCCUACCUCUCCCCUCUCAUCUCACUCUACUCCCCUCCACGCACUCUCCUACCUCUCCCCUCUCAUCUCACUCCACUCCCCUCCACGCUCCAUCCUACCUCUGUGAGCCCAGGAUCUCAGUGGUGCCAUCCAGGCGCUCUGUAACCCAUGGUACCAUUAGCGCAAUGUUUAGCGGGCAAAGUACUCCUUCCUCUCGCUGGCUGUUGUUAUGUUUAACUUGUUGUGCAAGGUUAUUGUUCCUGUAUAUACUCUGAACAUAUAAUGCAUUCGUACCAUAUAUUGGUGGGAGUGGUGGCGCAGCGCUAUUAUCCUACUAACCUGGCCUCCCCGAGUUCGAUUCCCAGCCACAGCUAAUAUCAGUGGGAUAUCCGAACCGGUUCUGGGCUUUCCCCCGUUCGCCUUUGCCAGCGCGGUGAAGUACGGUCGCUCGGACGACGCCGACACGGCCGACACGGCAGGGAGAGGCCUUCAUCCAGCAGUGGAUCGACGAAGGGGGAGUUGACAACAAUCCAGUCUCCUCCCGCGCUUUCAAACGAGCCUGGCGCAGGCCUCCUUAUCCGUCAGUGGAAAUUCCACAUUCCUCUGGGCGGGGACCAGCAGAGUGUAUCCGCAGUGGAAAUAAAAAAGCGCUUAACGUUGACACCUUACAGAGUUGUCCAGCCUUCAGCACCAUCACCGUCGCGGGCACGGGCAAUCCACACGCUGGAUCAAGGCCCGUCGAAUCUUCCCCGGCAUCCCACGCGAUUCCUCCGAUGGAAUAAAUCCGCCCGGCACCAGCACACGGAACGAUUUCGUCGCUUCGUCUCCGCGGACCGACGUCCCCUCUCUCGCGCGCACGCUCCGUCUCCUCGGGUCUGCCACUCUGUAAUUAUUGUUGACCGUCGGCCGUCAUCCCUUGGUGGCCGUGGCGCGUCGUGCCCAUAGCCCCAUUGACGGUAGAGCCCUUCUUGAACGACCAGCCCUGUUCACGACUAAUCACUUAACAACAUGCCUCCAUAGAGCCCGAUGUGUAGUGUAUAGUGUAGUGUAUAGUAGUGUAGUGUAUGGUAGUGUAGAUUAGUGUAGUGUAUAGUGUAGUGUAUAGUAGGGUAUGGUAGUGUAGUGUAUAGUAGUGUAGUGUAUGGUAGUGUAGAGUAGUGUAGUGUAUAAUGUAGUGUAUAGUGUAGUGUAUAGUAGUGUAUAGUGUAGUGUAUAGUAGUGUAGUGUAUAGUAGUGUAGAGUAGUGUAGUGUGUAGUGUAGUGUAUAGUAGUGUAGUGUAUGGUAGUGUGUAUAGUGUAGUGUAUAGUAGUGCAUAGUGUAGUGUAUAGUAGUGUAUAGUAGUGUAGUGUAUAGUAGUGUAGUGUAAAGUAGUGUAGUGCCUCCAUAGAACCCAAUGAGUAGUGUAUAGUGUAGUUUAUAGUAGUGUAGUGUAUAGUGUAGUGUAAAGUAGUGUAGUGCCUCCAUAGAGCCCAAUGUGUUCACUUACCGACCAUUCCUCUGUUAACGACGGGUUGUUGUAGGUACAGUAAAUAUUAAUGCAUUGAUUAACCGUGUUUCAUUGAAUGUGUUUAGGUAUUACAAUCCAUUGUAAAGUACUUUUUUGGGGUGAAAUAGGGGUAACUUUCCAUGCUAUCGGAACGAGAGUGUAUUUCCUGUACUCGCUUAACGCCCAAAUCGCUGAAUGACCGGUUUCGUGUGAACAAAUCACCGUCUUUAAGAGAGGUUCUGCUGUGCUUGCAACAUCGAAUGCCGUUUCGAUAAUCUGACCACAUCCUCUAAUCCAGUGCUUCUUACGUGGACCCCAGGAGGUACGCGAGGUGAUGUAUACAAACCUGUGAAAUGAUAUCGCACGCGAGAGUCAUCGGCGAAUAACCCAACGUGCGAAUUUGGUCAUAGAAAAAUAACUCCGAUUUUUUAUUUUUUUUACUUUGAUCCACAUGGUCACCGAGAACGAUAGAAGAGACAUAAACAUCAGCGAUCGACAUCGGUGCGGGUUUCCAAGGGGGUGGCCAGCGAGCGUGAACACACAUUGCGUCCGCUCAAUUCCUCUCCUUGAAUGCGCUCGCAGUUGCUCGGCCAAGUUAGGGGGGAUAGAAACCUCGCAAAAUUGACAAUCGGCUAAAAUGUCGCGACGGUGUUUAUCGUUCGUGUAUUUAUCAGAGCCAUGUUGGGUCAGGCAAGGGGAGGGGUUAGAGCAGUGACCAACACAAGGUUGAAAAUAACCACCGGGUCUUGGCCACGUGCUUUUCUUCCUGUCUCCCGCGUGUAAAUUCCAGCCAUGCAAUUCAGUCUUUCAUGUGGUCCAGCCUCACCAUUUAGUAUUAGGGGCCGUCCAUAAAUGACGUCACGCACCUGGGGGGGGGGUCAGACAUUUGUGACGAUGUGUGACGAGGGGGUGGGGGGUUUGAGAAAUGUGACGUCACAUAAAUGUGCAACUUUAAAUAAAUAUAGACAACACGUUCUACUUAAUUAAAUAGACUUUUUAAUAUAUGUUUUCUCCUCCAACAUCAGAGUGCAGCGCCACAUUAAGUACGCACUACAAUGACAAUAGUUUAAAGCGAUUUGAAGCAUGUUUUAUUUGGGGGGGGUGGGGGCAGAGCUUUGUGACGUCAUUUGAGGGGGGGGGUCUGAUUUUUGUGACGCCGUGUGACAAAGGGAGGGGGGCGGGUCAAAAAUCGUCCAAAAUCGCGUGACGUCAUUUAUGGACGGGCCCUUAUUCAUUUCUGUCGACCUCGGGAUGGGGAUGAUGGUAAUAAUGGCGAUGGUGGUUAUCGGCAGAUUUGAAGGCUGACACUUUGUACAAUUUAUUUGACUGGUAAUUAAAAUAAAACCGAGGAGGGGAAACGUUUACGAGUGUUCUUUUUGUUUUGUUAACUGGCUUCAUUAACGUUUUACUUCGUGCCAAUCUUGAUUUGAAGCUUUCGUGAGUUUUACUUUGUGUUAUUUAAAAAAAAGAAACUUUUUUUUGUACGCGUGAUAUCACCCACCGCCAUCCGUCGCCAGCGGUGAGGGGGUGUGAGGGUGAGUGAGGAGGUGAGUGGCUGGCUGAGGUGCCAUCUGUUGAGGAAGUACUGAAGGCGAUCCACAGACUGUAACAACUACAGGGGCAUCUCACCUAUCAGUGUGCCGGGAAAGGUCCUGGCAAGGAUUAUUCAACAUCGCCUUGCUCAACACGCUGAGGGGAGGCUUGCGGAGCCCCAAUGCGGUUUCAGGAAAGGGCGGUCCUGCACAGAUGCCAUAUUUUCUGUCCGUCUGCUACAGCAGAGGUGUAGGGAAUUCCAACAAGACCUACAUCUCUGCUUUAUUGACCUGGUCAAGGCCUAUGAUACCAUCAGUAGGCCUGGGCUCUGGGUUGUUCUUCGUGCUUUCGGAGUCCCUGACCCUCUGCUCACGCUCAUUAAGGACCUUCAUGAUGGUGAGCGGGCCCGGGUAAAACUACAUUCCCUGUACACCUUGAGGUGCGACAGGGAUGUCCUCUGGCUCCCACAUUAUUUAACAUCUAUUUUGACCACGUAGUUCGUGAAGCCUUCAAUAGCUGUACCGGAGGAAUUUCCAUUUGGUACAGAUAUAAUGGGAGGCUGAUCGAUGCCCGGGUGCGAUCAAGGGAUGGCUCCCUAUUGCUCAACCACGUUAUGUAUGCCAAUGAUCUGGUAAUCGCUGCUCACUCAGAGGAGGAGUUGGAGACGCUGCUGCUGAAACGAGCGUGCCACUAAGAGGUGGGGCCUUACCAUCAGCCCCACCAAAACUAAGCACCUGCCUGGGUAUUUUGUACCAUCGGACACUCCACCCCCCACAACUCCCAAUCUGUGAUGGGGCAGUAGUGGAGAGAGUGGAGAGUUUCCCAUACCUGGGCAGUGUGCUCAUGACCAGCUCCGGUUUAACAGCAGAGGUCUCACUCCCAAUCAGUCGAGCGGCAAUAUCUUUUCAUCGGUUGCGUAAUGCUGUGUGGAAGCUACCUGGUUUGUCGCUCUGCACGAAGCUUCAGGUCUUCUCGGCCACGGUCAUUUCCUCCAUUCUCUACGCUUUCGAAACGUGGACCCCCCUAAUGGAGCAUCUUCGCCGGUUAGAAACAUUUAGGUUGGCCUGCUUACGAUCAAUCCUGGGUUUAACCAGGCUGGAUUGUGUGAGAAGCUCACAAAUCCUCGAAAGAUCUGGACAAAGUCCCAUCGGUGAGCUCCUCCAACAGGCAAGGCUGCGUUGGCUGGGCCAUGUAGCCCGCAUGCCCAGCCACCGCAUGCCUAAACAGCUUUUGUUCGGCCGGAUCGAGGUGGCUAAACGGGCGCGGCACGGGCUAGAAAAGAGAUGGAGUAACGUGGUACAGGAGGAUGUGGAGCUGAGUGGACUUGCCGAUGACUGGUACCAGCGGUGUCAAGAUCGGCCUCUGUGGAGGAGGCUUGUGAAGGAUGCUACUGGGCAGUUGGAGGCAGUCGCCCUCCAACAACAACGGAGGGCGGAGGAGCGACGCUCACAACAACGAGCGGAGCGCCGGGUGGCUAAAGCACAUCAAGUUGGCACAGUAGGGGGCACACAGGUGGUGCAUCAGCCAGUCGUCUCAGUCAUCUCAGUCAGUCGACCCGUGGCACCUGCUGGGUCUGCCCCGUGACCUGCUAGCGGGCGUUCGACACUUCACGUGGCCUCAAGGUGCACAUGGCCUGGUACAAGCAUCGUGGUGACGUCACCGCCACGUAGUGGCGAAUGGCGGUUGUUGUGUGGAGGAUAGAAUCAGGUGUGUGGAGGGGUGAGGAGCGGUGUGGAGGUGUGCGCUGGAGUCAGGGGGAUGUGAGGUGUGUGAUGGAAUCAGAAGAUGUGUGGAUGUGUGUGGAGGUGCAUGGAGGUGUGUGGAGAAGCGGGAGAUGUUUACGCCCAUCCCUCAC